UCCAAAACGUUGUGACCGGGGCAACCGGUUACCAUUUGCCGGGAAUUAGAAAAGGAUCGAAGCGGGCGGAGAUCUCGUGUUCUCCACACGUCUAGAGGUUGGAAUUUCCGGCGAUAGAGGAAUUUUGCAGAGGAUUUCUUCUAGAAGCUUCUUUUCCAGACAAAGUUGCUCAGCAACCAAUGGAGCUUUUCUUCAGAGGUUUCAAUGAGGAUCCAUCGGCAUUUGACCGGUCCUUUGCUCAUCGGGACAUCCAAAGAUGCCCUUUCUUGAGGAACAUCAAUGAGCCCACCAGCUUUUCAUUCUCCUCACCCAUGAAUUUCCCCAUGCCUGUGCGGGGAGCCAAGGGUCCAAUUUUCGAGGAUGGGCCUAAUUUUGACAUGGCAUUCAAACUUUUCCAUGGACGGGAUGGAGUGGUUCCCCUCUCAGGAAGAUCAUUUUCACCUAUUGAGAGUUUGCAGCCAGAACCUGCACCUCAGUUUAAUCCCUUAGCAGCAAAGGCAGCUACUAUAAGUCUCUCAGCCUUUGGACCAGGAGGACCAUUUAGUUUUGAUUCUUUCUCUGAGAAGUGGAAGAAACAGAAAAAGAAGUCCCCUAAGGAAGAUUCUUCUUCAAAGGGAGGGGAUUCCUCGCAUGAGGCUAUGAGUAAUGAGUGGCUUGAAACUGGGAACUGCCCCAUCGCCAAAUCCUACCGGGCAGUGAGCCAGGUCCUGCCUCUGGUUGCAAAGGCUCUGCAGCCCCCACCAGGAAUGAAGUUCAAGUGCCCACCAGCUGUGGUCGCUGCAAGAGCAGCCCUAGCCCGAACUGCUCUUGUGAAGACCCUCCGCCCGCAGCCCCUGUCGUCAAAGAUGUUGGUGAUUGGUGUUCUGGGGAUGGCAGCCAAUGUUCCUUUGGGGAUAUGGAGGGAGCACACCAAGAAGUUCUCGCCCUCCUGGUUUGCUGCCGUGCACGCGGCUGUCCCCUUCAUUGCGAUGCUUAGGAAAUCUGUCUUGAUGCCCAAGACGGCAAUGGCGUUCACGAUUGCUGCCUCAGUCCUGGGCCAGGUCAUUGGCUCUAGAGCUGAGCGGCUUCGUUUAAAAGCGGUAGCUGCGGCAGCAGCUCAAGCAGAGACUACAGCAGUUGGCAAUCCCAGUCUUGGUCAGGCUGCUGUUGGUCUUAAAAGUGGACAUUGUGGUGAGGUGACCAUUUGGGAGCCCCUUCCACUCAAGGCAACUGGGUCUUCUUCAUCUCCAGAUGUGUGUUUCUGAUGGUUGGUGCAUGAGAGCAUGCUAUUCUUAUUCAAGUGUUUGUUUUUGAAAGACUGCUGGAACUCCAAUCCCUCUGCUGGGUGAGAUUUAGAGGCAGGUACUAUAGGGAGUGAGAAUAAGAAAAAUAAAAGCGUUUUCAUCUGA